AACAUUCUCUCGUCUAUUCCAUGUUGGAAGGUCAACGAUUGUGUAAGGAAAAUUAAAUGAAACAUUAAAUAAUCUUCCUACGUAUGAGCAGGCAUUUUCUGUUGAUGUUGAUGUUGGUGGGCGCGCACUCCAAGAAAACAAACUCUCAUGAGAACAAAAAUGGGAUUUCAAGACUGCUGAUACAGGUCGUAACUUCUGUCCGAAUUGUAUCAUCUUUUUCACUCGUUCAUAAUAUUUUAGCCUCAGGAGCCUGCCAAGGUGCACCAUACAAGAAACCCCAAAAGAGGUGCAUUUAGGGUUAUUACAAGAAAUCCUAAAGGACAACGCGGCGAGGAACAGAUUUAGACAGCUCAGAAAACAUCGGCCCAAUGGAUUCCAUGCAGGAGAAAUCUGAUGGACAACAGCACCCUUUUGGUACGUUUUGCUAUGCGAUGACCGGCAUUUUAAUUCCAUGCACGGCCGUUUUGGUAUGUCUGGGAUUUCUUGGCAUAACCACCGCCAUGAAUGCUAAUGGUCUUUUUCUCAAUGUAUUUGGAUUGGGUGCGAUUGUUGCAUCUUUUAUCGUCGCAGUAUUACUCGUGAUAACUACGGCUCGGGGAACGGAUCGUACAAUUUUCCUUACCUUUUUGAAUUCAACGAUACUUUCCUUGUCGGGUUUCCUUGCAGCUUUUUACACUGUGCAGCCGUCAUCGUAUAUUAUCAGUCUUGGUUUUGUUAUAAGUUUAGCAUGCAUGGCUUUUGAUUGGUUUGAAAUAUGGUCUCGCUGACUUGGAGGCCUGUAGAGUACUCAGAAUUUAUCAAGACUCUAUGAAAACAGCUUUUUCUGUGAACAGGAUGAAAAACUUUU